GCCCAGCGGGGCGCGGAGCGGAGCGGGCCCGGCCCCGGCCCCCGGCUCGCCGGAGCCCCCAUGGACCCGCGUGAGGAGCCCAGCGCCUCCUCCUGACCCUCGUCCCUCUGUCCGCCCCCCCCCCCGUGAGGAUGGAGGAGUGGAAGCCCAACGCCGCCGCCGUCAAGCCCCACAAGAAGCGGAGCUGGUACUUGGCCUGGAAGUACAAGCUCAUGAACCAGCGGGCGCUGAGGAAGCUGUGCCAGACAGGAGCUGUCCUCUUCCUGCUUGUAACUGUGAUCGUGAACAUCAAACUGAUCUUGGACACCCGGAGAGCUGCUUAUGAGGAGGAAGAGGAGUCUGCACAGGAUUACGAUGAUGAGCUGCUGAACAUGGAGGUCCCUAGGCACCCUGUGAGCAACAAGAAGGUCUUGGAUGUCGAGGUGUACUCCAGCAGGUCAAAGGUCUACGUGGCUGUGGAUGGAACGACGGUCCUGGAAGAUGAGGCUCGUGAGCAGGGCAGAGGGAUCCACGUCAUCGUCUUAAACCAGGCUACGGGUCACGUGAUGGCCAAGAGGGUCUUUGACACCUACUCUCCUCAUGAAGACGAAGCCAUGGUACUCUUCCUCAACAUGGUUGCCCGGGGCCGAAUCCUGAUCUUCACUAUUAAGGAUGAAGGCUCCUUUCACCUCAAGGACACAGCCAAGAAUGUCCUGAAGAGCCUGGGGAGCCAAGUUGCACCGUUCCUGAGCUGGAGAGACAUGUGGACGUUUGUGGGGAAGAAGGGAGGGGAAGUGUACGGGGAGAAGCACGCCAAGUCUCCUGCCCUCUCGACGUGGGGCGACCCUGUGCUGCUGAAGACAGAAGUCCACCUGACAUCUGUGGAAGAUGCUGAGUGCCACUGGCCUGACACGGAGCUGAACCGCCGCCGGAGGAGGUUCUGCAGCAAAGUGGAAGGUUACGGCAGCGUCUGCAGCUGCAAAGACCCCACACCCAUUGAAUUCAACCCUGAUCCUCUCAAAGACAACAAAGUCUUCGACGUGCCUGUAGCUGUUAUUGCAGGGAACCGCCCCAACUACCUGUACAGGAUGCUGCGCUCCUUGCUGUCAGCUCAGGGCGUCAAUCCUCGCAUGAUCACGGUCUUCAUUGAUGGGUACUACGAGGAGCCGAUGGAUGUUGUGGAGCUGUUUGGCCUCUCCGGAAUCCAGCACACUCCCAUCAGCAUUAAAAAUGCCAGAGUUUCCCAGCACUACAAAGCCAGCCUGACUGCAACCUUCAACCUGUUCCCGGAUGCCAAAUUUGCCGUGGUUCUGGAGGAAGACCUUGACAUUUCUGUUGACUUCUUCAGCUUUCUGAGCCAGUCCAUAUACCUACUGGAGGAGGACGAGAGCCUGUACUGCAUCUCGGCGUGGAACGACCAGGGCUACGAGCACACAGCUGAGGACCCCUCGCUCCUGUACCGUGUGGAGACCAUGCCGGGCCUGGGCUGGGUGCUCCGGAAGAGCCUGUACAAGGAUGAGCUGGAGCCCAAGUGGCCAACGCCAGAGAAGCUCUGGGACUGGGACAUGUGGAUGCGGAUGCCGGAGCAGCGGAAGGGCCGGGAGUGCAUCAUCCCCGACAUCUCGCGCUCCUACCACUUCGGCAUCGUGGGGCUCAACAUGAACGGCUACUUCCACGAAGCCUAUUUCAAAAAGCACAAGUUCAACACGGUUCCGAAUGUCCAGCUUAAAAAUGUGGAGAGCUUGAGAAAAGAUGCCUAUGAGACUGAAAUUCAUCGGCUCCUGGGUGAGGCUGAAGUCUUGGACCACAGCAAGAACCCCUGUGAGGACUCCUUUGUGCCCGACACGGAGGGCAAGGUGUACGUCAUGUUCAUCAAGAUGGAGCAGGAAGCAGACUUCACCACCUGGACUCAGCUCGCCAAGUGCCUCCACAUCUGGGACCUGGACGUCCGCGGGAACCACAAGGGGCUGUGGCGGCUCUUCCGCAAGAAAAACCACUUCCUGGUCGUGGGGGUCCCUGCCUCCCCCUACUCGUCCAAGAAGCCCUCCUCAGUGGUGCCCAUCUACAUGGAGCCGCCUGCCAAGGAGGAGGGGGCGGCGGCAGUGCCAGCAGUAGCUGCAGCGGAGCAGACGUGAGGCUGGCAGCUGUGGGAAGUGAGGGGGGGCCAGGAGAGGAUAGAGACCCCCCCGGUGCAGAGACUGAGUUGGCAGCGGCUCUUGGAGGCUGGUGGCUGGACGUGAACUCCCAUUUCAGGCCUCAAAACGAGAUCUGGGGCUGCCUCCAGCCCCCUGUCACAAUCUCCCUCUCCCUCACGCAGGGGCAGGGUGCUUCCCCGUAGACAUGCCACCCCCAUCGUCCCAGGAACAUUUUUUUUAACACAGACUCUUUACUAAUGCUGCUCCCAUUGCCCCCUGGCUGGGCAAGGUUUGGAGGAAGGCAGUGCUCAGUGGGGGCUGCGAGAGCCCUUUAGGAACACCUCUGCUCCUAUUUUUGCUCCCAGGAAGGCAGCCUGCUCCUGCCCAAGCGCUGCAGCCCACCGGCUGGGUGUUAUUUAUUAACUCUUGCCCCCGCAGCGAGCACGGUGGUGAAGAAGGGAUUUUCCAGCUGCUUUUUCCUGCACCUUGAAGACUGGGUCGGACGUCUCUCUGCUUGGGCCACGACGAAUUAUGGAGGCAGAAGGGAAUGCUGAGGAGGAGCUGGACUUGUGGGCACGCAGGGGGCACCCUGUCCCCAGCACGAGGACGGGUGGGUGCCCCUGUCCUUUCCCUGCAGUUCUGGGAGCCCUAGAGGGCUGCGGAGGGAGGAGGACCCCGCUCUGCGCCGCAGCUCAGCCCACCCUCACCCACCUCCUCCGUGGGGAUUGGGGGUGAAAGUGCCUUGCAGAGCGCGAUGGGAGCAGCAAGGGGGGGAAACUCCCCCAGCUGCAGAGGCAGGAUGGAGCUGGGCUCUCCAGCAGCUGCUCCUGGAGAGAGGAAACGCUGUGGCGUGGCGUGGUCCUUGCCCGUGGUACUGCACCGGGCCUCUCCUCCCUGUCAGGUACCCCAGCUCCCGCUGAGGACGGGGAGGAGAUGUUCCCCUGAACCCCCCCUUACUGUGGUACGAUGCCAGCAGGGAUGCUGCGAGCGGAUCCAGGAGGGGCAGCCUGGUUCUCCUGGCUGUGGUACACCCUCUGCUAGAGGGAGAGGGAGGGGGGUCCCUGUCCCCCUUCCUGUGCCUUAGGAUGGACCCCAGGCCCCCUCCCCAGCCCCAUGGUACUAACACCCCUCCCCUCACUAGGGCCAGCCCUAGUCCCCUGCUCCGUGCACCUCCCUGCUUCAUCCGUGAGGCAGGAGAUCACUUCUCUGCCCCUUGUGCAGGGCUGCUCUGGCUCGCCUGCUGUGCCAGCAGCUGGGUUUGCUGCUCAGCCCCUUCCCUGCGCUCACAGGGAGGGGGUGCGAGGGCUGGGCCCUGGGGUGCAGCUCCCCGUGGGCCAGGGGCUCGUCCCCUUCCUUUUCUCACUGUGAACCGAGUGCCAGGGCCCCCCGGGAGCACAACCCCAGCGCCUGCUGGGGCCUACACUACAGUAACUUAUUUAUUUAUUGCUUGGGGGAAGGUAGCAGGAACGUAGCGUGGAGAGCCAGCAGCCCUCAGCCUGCCAGGAGGCAGAGCUGGAAGGCUUCUGCCUCGUUCCCCUGGCGCCAUCCUCUCUGUUCACCUCCUCCUUCCUUGCCCAGGGUAGGAAAAUAAUGUUGAACCCAGCAAAUCUCUGCCCCAACUGGUCCCUGUGUGGGCACAGGACAGAGGCAGGAGGUGGCACACGUGUCCCCAGGGUGCAGGGUGGCACCCUUGAGACUUCACGGUACCGGCCCCGGGGCUCGGGCUGACCCCUUCCUCGCUCUGCCACCCCCAGCGCUGCCCUUCCCAGGGUGAUGGAUGUGGCUGGGCUUUUUUUUAUUAUUUUAUUAAUUGUGUUUAAUAGAAGCAGGUCCGUUACCCGCUCUGGGGAAGGGCCUGAGCUUCCUCAGUGGGAAAGCCACUUGUUCCCCGGCGCUGCUUUGGAGAAACCUCGCUGUCUCUGCUCUGCUGCCCUCCCCUUGGCACCUUGCUUCCCAAGGCCCCUUUUCCCUUCACCCCAACGCCCCCUUCCCUUUUUAGCUGGCAGGGCUCAGCCUGAGGCUGGGAGAUGCUGGUCCCAGGGGCAGGGAAUGGCUCCAGGUCCGCUCUGUGCUGCUCCCUGUCCUGCAGGGCUCGGGGCACUUCAAGCUCCUCAUCCCUUCCCUCUGCGUGUGCCGGGCUGCUGGGUGCUCCCCUUCCUCCUGCGAGGCUCCCCUUUGGCAGCUGUGGUCGGGCUGGGGCCGAGGGCAUCCCCAGGGCUUUCUGAAUCGAAUUAUUUUUUCAAGAAUAAACAUUGCACAGCUGCUGGG